GGAUAGAGGGGAAUGUGAAUGGAGUUGGGGAGAGAGGGAUGGGUUGGAGACUCGGAACCUGGCACCCCUCACCUUUAUAUUUGCCUGUCUAUGUAACGGGGGCUCCGCGAUGCGUUCGUGUGCACUGCGGCGAGCACCUGGCCAAUGUUGUUUCUAACGGGGAGUCGAUCCCGGCGCGACCAUCACUCUGUGUUGCGCGGAACAGGAAGCGGGAGAGGCGUUGGUCAUGUAUGCGGGGCUGGACGGCUGGUUGCGAGGAGUUGACGUUCUGAGCUGUAAACAAUGGAGCCACAGCAAACACAACCGUACUAUGGAGCAUCUGGAGAUCUUCCAAUGGUUUCUGUGGGUCAAACUGUACCACCGGCAAACAUGCUGGAUAAACUGGCUGGCUACGAAUCUAUAGACGCAGGUGGAGAGGAAAGAUAUCUACCUCCCCCGGUUCAACCACCAUACAACGCAGAGGGUGGCCAACCACAGCCUAACCAGCAAUGGAGCAUCCCUUCCAUCAGUGAGGAUGCAGCGAGACGAGCAUUGAUCAAGUACGCAGCCGAACAUGUCACCUACAGCAAACGUCCUGCUGAGGAAAUGGUCUUCAAGGAGCUAAUACCCUACAACAUGUAUCGGUAUCGCCUUCAGAGCUUCACCGAGUCCCGGUCACCUGAAUGGAAAAGUGAACCUUAUUAUGGUCAGACGAUCGAGAGCUCUGGCUUUGGUGCCCCUCCCCCACCUUGGGAAGUGCCAGUAGAUGUUCCGGAAAUGUUUGAGAAAAAUAAGAAAAAGGUCCAGGUGCCUAAUACUGCAUCUGUCAAGGGGUGCCACAGAUGUAUGGCAAUGGGUAAAAUCCCUUGUGAUAAAUGCCUUCAAACAGGGAGGGUGAAAUGCAUGAUGUGUGAUGGGAAAGGAUCUCUGUUUGGCGAUGACAGCAGAUGCAAUCAUUGUAUGGGUAAUGGGAUAGAAAGUUGUAAAUCGUGCAGUGGAUAUGGGCAGCAGAAGUGCAAUGUGUGUCAAGGCAAAUGUCAAUUGUUUUUCUACAUUCAGUUGACAGUAAAAUGGGAAAACAACAAAUUUGAACAGGUUAUUGAUCAACAGUGUGAUUUUCCCAUUCAGAAACUUAAUAAAGUUACUGGGAAAGAGCUCUUCAGUGAUCAACAUUUUCAGGUGUACCCUAUCAUGGGCUUCCCAGAAUCCAGGAUUAACCAGGUCUCCCAGCAUGGGCUCCAGGAGCAUUGGACUCAGUUUGGGAAAACCUCUCGUAUAAUUCAACAGCGCCAUACAGUUGAGCUCAUCCCAGUCACCAAAGUGCAUUUCCAGUGGAAAAACAAAGAGAACAGCUACUUUGUGUUUGGCACCGAAAGUAAAGUGCAUGCUCCGGAGUAUCCUGGCAAGAAAUGCACCAUAAUGUGAAGUCAUUCAUCUGAGAGUCCUCCAGAUGCAAAAACACUGCAAUUGAAAUUAGAUUUGAAAUAAAAGCGAAUGUUGUUGGAAGUACUAGGCAGGGCCGGCCUUAAGACGAUUGGACCGAUUGCUCCCAAUUGGGCCCCGCACCUCCUAAGGCCAGCCCUGGUACUAGGCACGGUUGGCAAAGAGAUUGGCCUCUAUUAAGGAAUUACAUUUUUCCUCUUUUCCAGCAAUCUUUCAUUAUUUCACACAACAUGUAAUUUCAGCAAUUGAAUAUGUAGAAAUUGAAACAAAAAAUAUGGCAGAGAUAGAUAGAUUCUUGAUUCUUAGUAGGGGUGUCAGGUGUUGUGGGGAGAAGGCAGGAGAAUGGGAUUAGGAAGGAGAGGUAGAUCAGCCAUGAUUGAAUUGUGGAGCAGACUUGAUGGCCUGAAUGGCCUAAUUCAGCUCCUAUCACAUGACCUUAUAAUAAACUAUGUACUGAUGGAGGCAGACAAAAAGCAUACGUUUAGGCGUCAGCUAAAAUAUGUCAUGGGAAUAAGACAAAUAAUCAAACUAACUUAUUUUGAACCAUGUAAACAGCUUUUAAUUUUUAUUGACGUGGGUUAUUCUGUAAUUUUGUUUCCAAUCAAUUGUAUGCCUUAUUAGCUUUAUUUUCAAUAUUCCUUAACCUCACUCUAAAUGCAUGUAGUUCUAUGAUUAAUAGUACAAUCUCUGUAUAAAUGUUCUUCAUUAUUGUUUUUAGUUAUUCAAUGAGCAAGUACCUUUUUUGAUACUAAUCAAUAAAACAUUUUUUUUUCAUUCUGAA